AUGUCGAAAGCAAAACAGAAGAGCCGCCCAAAGACCCAAUUGCAACAACAAACUCCCGUCAUAGAAGCUCAGGAAUCCUUACAUGACCGGGCACAAGCGCAACAACCCAAGAGUCACGUUCAUCAGACGAGACCUGUCGAAACGCAAGCCGCUCAGCCACCCGAUCACCGACAAAGAGCAGCGUAUAAUCGCUGGAAGAAAUCCCUCGAGUGUCGCAAGCUACGAGAAUCAGGCGCCAACAGCCUUCAGCAUAUUUGGGCAGAAGGAUACAAACUUCUCGAGACGGAUAGUAGCGAGCUCCAUGCCUGCAUGCUCGCCGACUUGGUUGAUGACAAGACAGGAGGUCCAUUCAUUCUUGGCCGGACGAUAUCUACAUCGCUGGAACAUGACGACUGGGGGUACAGACUCGCACUCUACGAAGCCCUGUUGAAAGUCAUUACGCACCCUUCACUAGUUGCCCAUCCAACCGCGCCCAGCAACCACCUUGCAAUUCUCUAUACCCUCAUUGGCGAAGAGGACGGCGUGGAAGGAAUUGAGUGGUUGACAACACUUACCGGCCUCUUUGACCGUGUGCAGGUCGGACAAAUUCACAGUUUGGUUUAUUUGACAGCCAAAGCGCUCAAGAAGCUGCUCGACCGGUACCCACCGCUCAAAUACGACGACCGUUCACAUGCACUUCGCGAUGUUCUGCAUACAUUGCUGGCUGCUGGGGCCGCUCAUGGCUCAGAAUUACCGCCCAAGAUUGGUGGGACGACCACUCGCGGUACCCCGGCGCCCGUUGGGGACAUAAAUACAAACCAUUCACAACAAACCCCAACCGAGGCCAAACAGACCCCUCUUCGCACAAAACAACCACAGCUAGUUAUCCCGAGCCCUGGAGCAAAGCCGGGUGGCCGCCACGACAACGAUUGCCGAGCAAUUGCUGAUAUUGAGAUCUUACCAACGUAUGGAGAGAUCAUGAGCCAGCAGCUGGAGUAUCUGCCUACAACAGACUUCACACAAGAGAGUUUCCUCAAGGAUGUCAGAAAACGUUAUAUCGACACACUUUUUCGGCUCUAUCGUCACAACACCUUCUCGACUGUGAAAGAUUUCCUUCGCGAGCAGCUGGCCUACAGUCCGGCCGAGAACCGCACCAACCCAAAUCCUUGUGAACUCGGAAAUAACGGUCUAGCCCAUUUUUAUGCCGCGGCUAUUAUUCAGAAGGUUGACGUUAGCCUGGACAACGGUAUAACGUGUGCCAUAUCGUUUCUGCAGCUCCCGCACCUUCGGAAACUGUCACGGACAGACCAGGCUAAAUGGUGGGUGGAAUCCUCACGCCUUGAACCGGGCAAACUGCUUGUCAUGGUGGUGUCCCAUCGCGGGAGAAGACGACUGCUGUACCUUGUCGGAGAGGAUGAAUACAAGGAGAGGCACCUAUCGACAAAGUUCAAGGAAAGGAUGUCCGGAAUGCGACCUACGGUGCAUGUCAAGCUGGCCCGAGAGACCGAGGAGGACAUGACUCUACUCAACGAGCUACAUGUUGCACAAGCACAUGGACAUCUCUUUGAGCUCUGUGGGCUCAUUCCGCAGGCCUAUGAACCCACGCUAACGAACAUCCAACGGAUGUCCAAGGAUACUGAUUUGGCGUUUCAACAGUGGAUUAUUCCGACAUCAAAGACUGCUAAGCAGCAUCUUACAGUUCCCCCACCCGCCUAUGCUCGGAAGCAGGGAUUUCUGUACAGGCUUGACUGUAUCAGCAAGGAGCAGCAACCCAUAGGCUUGAAACUGGAUCCGAACAAAUCCCCGAAGGGCAAGGACUUGACCGCACUGCAGAGUGCUACCGGGCUCAAUGCAAGUCAAGCCCAAGCCCUAGUCGCCGCGCUUAGCCAAGAAUUUGUCCAGAUUCAGGGGCCGCCCGGUACAGGGAAGACGUAUGUCGGUCUUCAAAUUGUCAAGGUCUUGGUGGAACACAAAACGACUUGCCAGCUUUCACCCAUUUUCAUCGUUUGUGAGACCAACCAUGCCUUGGACCAAUUCGGCGAGCAUAUCGUUGAAGCCGGCAUCAACAACGUUAUACGUGUCGGAAGCCGCAGCAAGUCGAAGCUGUUGGAGAAACACAAUUUCUAUUUGGUGAAAAUGAAAAGGACAACCAAAGGGGAAAAGAAAGCAAAGGGCAGGGUGCUUGCACAAAUUAACACGGCGCUUUCCCGUGCCAGGAGCUGCCUUGGUCCGAUCCAUCAAGCAAUGGCAGGACGACCAGGCUGGCCGCUUUUGAAGAAUUUCCUUUCGAGCAAAUAUCCCAGGAUCUACAGCCAACUCAAACCGGAUGAUGCCGAAGGGUUUACACUCGUUGGCGACCCUAUCAUGAAUUGGCUCGGGCAGAGGCCGGCACAUUCAGCCAAGGGCUCGAAGACGAAUGCUCCUAAUCACUCACGCUUGAUCGUAAAAGCUGAGACCAACAUCCUUUCGCUUGCAGUCCAUGAGCGGUGGACAUUGCUCCAUUACUGGCUCGGUCAGCUUGCCCAGGAGCAAACCAAACUUCUAAUGAAGCAUCUGGACAAAGCUCGGAGCCUUCGUCAGGAUCUCGCGAGACUCAACGCUGACAUCAACUGUCGGAUUCUCGGAAGGGCAGAUAUUGUCUUGAUGACAACCUCGAGGCUGGCUCAUGACAACGAAAUGCUUCGCAAAAUGAAGCCUAAGGUCAUUAUUUGCGAGGAGGCAGCUGAGGUGAUGGAGCCCCGCAUGAUGGCAGCGUUCAUACCUGGAGUCGAACAUCUCAUCCAGAUUGGCGAUCACCAGCAAUUACGCCCAUUGGUGCAGAACUCUCUGCAGUUCAGCAUGGAGACCAAGGUUGGAAAGCACUACCAGCUUGACCGCAGCCUUUUCGAGAGACGUGUCACCGGUGAGCCUGGGAUGAAGCCUCUCGCCGUCAUCCAGCUGAACGAGCAGCAACGCAUGCCACCUGAGAUUUCUGCGCUCAUCCGAAAUAACGUUUACAAAGACCUUAAAGAUGGCUCUCGCGUCAAGAACCGUCCAAUGGUGGUUGGCCUACGGGACAGACUGUUUUGGUGGGAUCAUGGUUACUACGAAGACAUUGGCCUGAAUGCAGCUCAAGGCAUGUCUUAUAUUAACUCCAUGGAAGUUGCGAUGGCUACCGCCCUUGUCCGUCAUCUUGUCCGGCAGGGAGUCUACGAAGGUAAAGAUAUUGCCAUUCUCACGCCAUACGCAGGCCAGCUGCUCAAGCUUCAGGCAGCACUUGACGAGCAUUUUGAGGUUGUCUUGAGCGAAAGAGACGAAGAACGCUUAGCUGCCCAAGGAUUUGACAAGAAGAACAAGGUCGGAGAUUCCGAGAUCCAAACCCAAACGCUGUUACCGUCGGGCAAGAUGCAGAUGACAGAUGGCAUACGGCUUGCUACGGUUGACGGUUUUCAAGGCGAGCAGGCGAAGAUCAUCAUCAUCUCCCUUGUCCGCAGCAACAAGAAGAGCAAAGUAGGCUUUCUGAAGCUGAAGAACCGGAUCAAUGUUCUUCUCAGUCGAGUUCAGCACGGCAUGUAUCUCAUCGGGAACGCGGCAACGUUUCCGGCUGUGGACAUGUGGAAGGAUGUCUACCGGCAAAUCUCAGCCAGGAAGGCGGCGGGUCCUUCGAUUCCUCUUUGUUGCCCACGGCAUCCCAACACGCCGAUACACUGUACAUCACCGGAUGAUUUUGCCAGUGUCAGUCCCGAGGGAGGUUGUACACUUGACUGCGUCGACCGGCUUCCAGUCUGCGGCCAUCCCUGCCCGAACAAGUGUCAUUCGGAGAUGCUACACAAGGCCGUCAUCUGCCCGAAGCCUUGUCCCAGAGUUCGGAAAACAUGUAAGCAUGUUUGCCCAAAACCCUGUGGAAAAGAGUGUGGAAAGUGUAUGGUGAUCGUCAACGACACAAAACUCCCGUGUGGCCAUAUCAAGGACAAGCUCCUAUGCUAUCAGCUCUUGGACCUGGAAUCUGUCCUCUGCCGCGUCAAGGUGGACAAACAGGCACCAGCUUGUGGCCAUACGGUAAAUGUCGACUGCUCCACGGACGUGUCCUCGAGCAAAUUUCUCUGUGAGGCAAGGUGCAAUGCGUUGCUACCCUGUAACCACAAGUGUCAGGGCACAUGCUGGCUGUGCCGCAGUUACGACCAAGAGAAAUGCGUCACCGUGGAACACAAGACGUGCGAGAUUUGCCAGCCAUCUACUUGGGGCUUGGGGGACAUUGAGCGCAUGCUAGCGUUUGUCGAUGGCCAGCUGACACAGUCGGCCGACGCUGCUGAUGUCGAUACCGCUAAGCAGCAUUUUCUUGGGAAGAAGCUGGCAGCCGAUGACCAUGGCGAAGUGUCCGAAGGACCGCCUUCUCAAGACCGCUACGAGAGUUGCCACAAGCUGCUAGCUCUUUGCCAGCAGACGCAAGAGCGUAUGAUGGCUCAUGACUCCUUGACGGCAGCCAUGAACGGACUCAGUCUCGAUCGGAGCUCUCAACCACAGGCACAGGCAGAUGCCCAGAAACCAAGUGCUUUACCCGCUGAACUCAAGCUGCUAGGCGCGAGACUGAUCGAGCACAAAGUCCAGGAGGCAAUAAUCCGCGACAAGUUCAGACUGUCGGUCAAGAUGGGCGAGGACCAAAACCAGUUCUGUUCGGGCGCUGAUCUCCAACUGCAGCGCUCCGUGGCCUCCUUCCUGCGAACCGGCGCCGUCCUGCUCGAUGAUUGUUCCAAAGCCAAGUUGCCGCGUUUGGCUUUCAUCGCUACGAUCUUGUACGCCAGAGUCGCUUUGAUGGUUUUGCUAUAUCGCCAGUGCCUUUUUCUUUACGACGGCUGCGCCGCUCCUUCUGACGCUCUAGUUGAUGAAGCUUCCAAGGAGGUGACAAAACGACUGGGACGGAUUUUCGAGAUGUUUGUCACUGCGCGGGGGUUGUGCGACGAGUCUUCGGAGGAGGACGUGGAUCUUAGGAGAUGCGUGCAGGAAGUGUUGAGGUUUAGGAAGACGCCGGUUGAGAAGUUGAUGUUGAAGGAAGUGGUUGAGGGGAUUGGUGAGGCGCCGGUUGUUUUCGUGUCGAGGUCGGGGUGA